AUGUCUAUUACCGUGCAGUGUCUCAAGGACAACUUCACCAAGGAUGUUCUUCUCGAUGGCCGUUUCCGGACCGUGGCUCCCCUCAAUCACGGCUCAUUUGGCAUGGUCUUUCUUGCCACCGACGUGACCACCGGCAACGAGGUGGCCAUCAAGUGUUUGGCUAAGUCAACCUCUACUGAUCCAUCGGCUGCCGAUGAUCGGUUUGAGGAAUUGGAGUGCCACCAGCGCUUUGGCUUCCAUUCUAACUUGGUCAACUUGAUUCACAACUUCGAGACGGAACACCACACCUAUCUGGUCCUGGAAUACUGCGCCAAUGGUGAUCUGUAUGAGGCGAUCCGGUUAAACCGUGGUCCAUUGGAGACCGAGCAUGUCCGCGAUUUUAUGCUUCAAUUGAUCAGCGCGGUGGAGUUUAUGCAUGCCAACGGCAUUUACCAUCGUGAUAUCAAGCCCGAGAACAUCUUCUUGACCCAUGAAGGUGUGAUGAAGCUGGGCGACUUCGGUCUCGCCACCCGUGAACCCUGGUGUCACGAAGCUUGUGUGGGCAGUGACCGUUACAUGGCCCCUGAACAGUAUGACCCUGGUUCGACCGGCUACUCCCCCGCCCAGGCGGACGUCUGGUCAAUUGGUAUCUGCAUGCUCAACAUUCUGUUCGCGCGGAACCCGUUCGUGACGCCUACUGAGUCGGAUGUUCUUUUCGCGGACUACGUGCGCGACCGACAGUCGCUGUUUGACAUUUUUCCCAACAUGUCUCAAGACACCUUCGAGGUCUUGACUCACUGUCUGGCCAUUGACCCCACCAAGCGCUCCUUGUCCGAGGUCCGCCAGUGCAUCCUGCGUGCUGUCUCCUUUACCACGGAUGAUGAGGCCCUGGACGACUUCUGCACCGAGGAUCGCGAGGUGGUGGCGGCUACCGUCAACCGCGAGCCUCUUCGCACUCCUUCCAUCCAGAGCCCUCACGUCACUCAAGGCGAUUCUUUCCCCUGGGCCAAGGCUUUGCAAACCAGCCCUCCCCAGGCGAUGCGUCAACUGUCUGUGAUUCCCGACAACGAGAGCUACACCGAAGAUCUCUUCCCUCCUUCCGAGGUUGGAGGAACUUCUUGGUUCUCGGUGCAUGCAGACACUUCAUCGCUCGCCUCCGUCUUGGACUCGGCCAUGGGUGACUCAUUCCAGGCUAUGCACUUCGGCCGUCAACGCGAGUGUCCGAAGCUUCCCCGUUCUGAUCCCGUUCCUAUCACUGGAUCCCUCCCGAGUCACGCUGCCAAGCCCUUGCCCUCUCUCUCGAUGGUGUUUGGCAAGCCUGGCCAGGAUCAAAUCUCCAAGAGCUGGAGUGAUCUUUGGGAUGAGGAAGAAGAAGAAUCGGAGAACGAGCAGUCCGCGUUCCAACUACGCCGUGAGCAGAACUCUCGUAGUUGGAGCCAGGAAAGCCAAACCACUCCGAUGGCGGGAUUGCGCGAGCAGGACUCCGCAUCCCCCCUUGAUCAAUUGAAUCUAGAUGAACUUCACAUCGUGGACCCGGAGCCCGUGGCUCCUCGCGCCAUUCCUACCAAGACAUGGGACAUCGACAGUGACACUGGCACUUCCAACAGUACACCUCGUCCGUUCCAUCAUGCCCCGUCGUCGCCAAACAAAGCCUCGUCUCAUAUGGACAAGUGGGCUGAGCUAGGAGAUAAGCGCCGUAACUUCAAGACCCGUGAACCUUUUGGUCCACAGCGCGCUGCUGGUAACUGGCGGCGUGAUUGGGGUCUUGGCUCCUCUGGAUUCGACCAUGGAUCCCGGACCAAGCGCGAGUCACCUCAAGUCGAGCGUCAUCGCCGCGCCUUCCUUGAAAAGGACUGGCGUCGCGAUGGCGGUGAUGCUUCGAAACGCUCCCCCCAUCAUUCUCCUCUGAAGCACCUGGCCUACGAUGGCAGUCUUGACGAAGAUCUCGAUCUCGUGGGUGGAUGGCACGAUCUCCACCUCUAG